AUGUCGACAUAUUCUCCCUAUGCUCAAUCACCAUCAUCAAACUACAACCCGCCAGUACCUAUAAUUGUAGCUAUAAUUUUCGUCCUUUUGUUCUUCUUUGGUUUCUUCGCAAUAUAUUUUUUUAGGUGUCUCGUGCACAAUCUUGUUGCUUUGUGGAACCGACGGCGUAACCCUUCGGGUGCUGUAGUUGGCACAUCAGGUGCAAAUAUGAGUAAUGGCCUUGAUCCUGAGCUGAUACAAGCUUUCCCAACAUUCUCUUAUUCCAGUGUCAAAGAGUUUCGUUGCGAAAAGUAUGGCCUCGAAUGUGCUAUUUGCUUGGGAGAGUUCAGCGAUGAGGACAUGCUUCGCCUUUUGACAAUUUGUUGCCAUGUUUUCCAUAAAGAAUGUGUUGAUCUUUGGCUUGAAUCACAUAAAACAUGUCCUGUUUGUCGUGGGGAGCUAGAUGUGCCUAGGAAAUCAUUGGAGAAGUCCCCAAUACUUGUUCAAAGCAAUUCCAUGCAUGAAAUUGGAGCAAAUCAAAGCUCAGUACAAGAUGCUGUUUGCAUUGACAUUAAAGAAGAUAACAAUGAGGAAGUUGAUGGGGGAGAAGCUGAAGCACAAGCCUCUUCAAAUACAGAAGAACAACAUCAUAAAGAACGUGACAAGAUGGAAAGAUUUUCGAGGUCACAUUCCACCGGGCACUCCAUAGUUAGGACUACAGAAGAGGAGGACAGAUACACUCCGAAAUUGCUUGACCAUGUCAAAAUAAAAAUUGUAAGGGGACAUAAAUCUGCAGGAAGUUGUAUUGCAUUUGGAGAUUUUUCAAGCCCUUUGGACUACAAGAAUGGGAGUUUUGGUGAAGCAUCAGAGACUGGCCGAGAAGACAUGGAUAAAAUAUAA